AUGGACGUGGACAUGUCGUCAGGCAGCGGCACGCCGCAGGCGCAACCACAGCAGCAGCAGCCAGAGUUGCAGUCGUCGGUACCAGCUCCGCCCGCUCCAAGCACCUCAACAUCGACUUCCGCUGGCGGAGUGAGUUUUCGAAGACAGCGAGCAUCGCGCGCAUGCGAGACUUGUCAUGCUAGAAAGGUUCGAUGCGACGCCGCAAGUCUCGGUGUGCCCUGCACCAAUUGCGUUGCUUUCCAGAUCGAGUGUCGUAUCCCGAAUCCGAAGCGCAAAAAGACACAGGGCUCUGGCAGCCAAACCAAUAAAGACUCUGAUAGCGAUCGCGGCGAUGCAAACGAAGACCCUUCACCGCGCCCCGUGGCUCCUUCGAGCACUUCAUCACUCACCCCGCGAGCUCCUUCGGUAUAUCAUUCCAACAAUGGCACACCUCCCACCAACUGGACUGAAGCUCAAGCACGCAAAGAAGAGGUCGACAGUGGGACCUAUCUUGACCUUGUAAUGAAACCCAAGUUUACACGCGCUCCCAUUACCGAAGCUGGGCGGGUUGCAUACCUUGGCGAAUCAUCCAAUCUGACUCUACUUGUCCAUGAUCGUCAAGGCUCAGCAGAUGUUGUGCACUAUCCACUACCGGAAAACGUCCGCGGUUCCCGAGCUCGACUUACUGAACUUGACAACGUCGAAAUCGAUAUCUUGCAUCAAAGAGGGGCAUUUCUGCUGCCUCCGCGAUCACUAUGCGACGAGCUCAUCGAUGCUUACUUUAAAUGGGUGCAUCCUAUCGUACCCGUCAUCAAUCGUACCCGUUUCAUGCGACAGUAUCGAGACCCUAAGAACCCACCAUCGUUACUUCUUCUUCAAUCCGUUCUUCUGGCGGGUACUCGGGCCUGCAACAACCCACAGCUGAUGGAUGCCAACGGUUCAACGACUCCUGCUGCUCUCACAUUCUACAAACGUGCCAAGGCCCUGUACGAUGCAAACUAUGAAGACGAUCGUGUGACAAUUGUUCAGUCCCUCCUUUUGAUGGGCUGGUACUGGGAAGGGCCAGAAGACGUCACUAAAAAUGUCUUCUAUUGGAGUCGUGUGGCGACGAUUGUUGCGCAAGGCUCAGGCAUGCAUCGAUCCGUGGAACAGUCACAACUGAGCCGGGCAGACAAAAGGCUGUGGAAGCGCAUAUGGUGGUCCCUCUUCACCCGCGAUCGCUCAGUCGCAGUUGCUCUGGGUCGCCCAGUUCACAUCAACCUUGACGAUGCAGAUGUUGAGAUGUUGACUGAGGACGACUUUAUUGAGGACGAGGUCGAUCGAGCAAGCGAGUAUCCUCCUGAUCCUAUCCACGUGCAAUUUUUUCUCGAAUAUGUCAAACUGUGCGAAAUCAUGGGCCUGGUCCUAUCACAGCAGUACUCGGUGGCAUCAAAAGGAAGACAACGAAAUGCCAUCGACCUCACACACAGCGACAUGGCUUUAGCUGACUGGCUACAAAAUUGCCCAAAAAUCGUCUAUUGGGAGAUGCCUCGUCAUCAUUUCUGGUCCGCGUUAUUACACUCGAACUACUAUACAACGCUGUGUCUUCUUCAUCGAGCCCAUAUGCCGCCGGGUGGCUCAUCACGAUUGCCUGACCCUUCACCUUACCCCUCACGCAAUAUCGCUUUUCAAGCGGCAGCUAUGAUCACAUCGAUCGUGGAAAACCUCGCCGCACAUGACCAGUUGAGAUACUGUCCAGCCUUUGUUGUGUAUAGUCUGUUUUCUGCUCUCAUCAUGCAUGUCUAUCAGAUGAAGUCUCCAGUGCCAUCGAUCCAGCAGGUGACACAGGAUAGACUGCGCAGCUGCAUGUCGGCCAUGAAGGAGAUUUCACGAGUAUGGCUUGUUGGAAAGAUGGUUUAUGCUCUCUUUGAGUCCAUCAUGGGCAAUAAGGUACUGGAAGAGCGGCUACAAAGAGCUGAGGGUAAGCGACACCGGAAUUUGCGCCAAAGUCUCUCGCACCUUGAGCAGCAACAGAAUCGACAGGCGGAGGCGCCGAAGAGGAAGUACGACGACAUGGCCAUCGACUUCGGCACCACUGCUCCUCAGCCUCAAGAAUCGUAUGAGAGGUCGCGCCCUCAGACUCCGAGCGCUGUCAAGGUCGAAUCGGGAAGCACGAUGCAGCCGCCACCAGUCACGUCACCUAACGCGCGACAGAGUGCAGCAGAUACGUUCAUGGGAGGAACGAACUCGCGCCCGCAAACUCGGCCAGCGACACCUUUCAACCCAUCAUUCUCUGUACCACCAACACCUCCUGACCUCUAUCUCGUUACGAGGAAUUCUCCAAACUUAUCACAGUCCCUUUGGGAAAACUUCCAGCCUGACCAGUUAUUCCCGGAUAGUGCUGCCAUGCCAGCUUUCCCUAACCUGUCACCAACACAAACACACUCCAAUCUCGAUCACAAUGCAAUGGGCUCCGUCCCUCCGAACAACGGACAAGGCGGGAUGCAUAACCCACAAGCAGGGCAUUAUCAACAACGAGGGAAUGGGAUGAUGCCCCAAGGUUUUCAGGGACAUUCUAAUAUGUGGCAGCCAAACAUGGAUCCAAACUUGCCAGAAGGACAGAGCCCAGACAGCUGGAGCACUGCCUCGGGGCCAGGGCAAGCGGUGCCAACAACACUAAAUGUCGAAGACUGGUUCCAAUUCUUUGGCAUCAACGGGACCGACGCUAAUCAUAUUAACCUUGACAUGCCCCUCGGCUGA